AUGUCUUUACAUGUGAACACAGACUUGAAAAAGGAUGCUCUUAUCACAGAGCGUUCUAUUCAUUCCAGCAGCAGUACCAGCAGCCCUACCUUGUCUCCUACUAUAUCCGUUGGGAAUCUUUCCGCUUCAACCACUGCCACAGACAUCAAUAUUGAGAAGCAGUCUCCUGCACCACCACCGUACCAUGUCUUUACUCGCUCUCGCAAAUUGCAGAUGGUCUGUAUCGUCUCGCUCGCCGCCAUCUUCUCCCCACUCUCCUCCAACAUCUAUUUUCCUGCUCUUGGAACUAUAUCAAAGGAGUUGGAUGUCUCUAUGUCUUUGACUACCUUGACUGUCACCGUGUACAUGAUUGUUCAAGGCCUUGCCCCUAGCUUCUGGGGCUCUUUCUCCGAUGCUAUUGGUCGGCGAGGAAUCUUCAUCGGUACCUUUAUUGUCUAUAUGAUUGCGAACAUUGCACUAGCAGUGUCAGACAAUUACGGCGAGCUGAUGGCUUUUCGAGCCCUUCAAGCCGCCGGUAGUGCCGCGACCAUCUCCAUCGGUGCAGGUGUGAUUGGAGACAUCACCACUUCGGCCGAGAGAGGAAGUCUCGUAGGUAUCUUCGGAGGAGUUCGAAUGCUCGGCCAAGGCGUCGGUCCCGUCUUCGGUGGUAUCUUGUCCCAAUACCUGGGAUACAGGUCCAUCUUCUGGUUCCUCACUAUCUUGGCUGCUAUUAGUAUCUUCUCGAUUAUGUUCUUCCUUCCCGAGACUCUCCGUUCCGUUGCUGGCAAUGGCACUGUUCCCCUCUAUGGUCUCCAUAAGCCAUUCAUUUACUACAUCACUGGUCAACCCGAUGUUGACGAACAUGCAAAGCCCAUCGGAGAACAGAAAAAGGUUACCUUGAAGACCGUUGUUGCCCCUCUCGCUUUCCUCGCCGAGAAGGAUGUCUUCAUCACCCUGUUCUUCGGUGCCAUCGUGUAUACCGUCUGGUCCAUGGUGACGUCGUCCACUUCACAGCUCUUCGAAGAAACCUACGGCUUGGACACAUUGGAGGUUGGCUUGACUUUCCUCGGUAACGGAUUCGGCUGCAUGUCUGGCUCUUACACUACCGGGUACUUGAUGGAUUUCAACCACAAGCGAACGGAGCGUGAUUAUUGUCGACAGAACAACUUGCCUCUUGAUACCCGCAUCACGACCAAAACUCACCCCGACUUUCCCAUCGAGUACGCUCGUAUGCGGAAUACCUGGUGGAUCACCGCGCUGUUUAUUGUCUGCACGGCUGUUUAUGGUGUUUCGCUGCAUACGCAUAUCGCUGUUCCGAUUAUCCUGCAGUAUUUUAUCGCUUACUGCGCUACUGCUAUCUUCACUAUCAAUAGUGCUUUGAUCAUUGAUCUGUACCCUGGAGCGAGUGCUAGUGCUACUGCGGUGAAUAACCUGAUGCGGUGCCUGAUCGGUGCAGGUGGUGUUGCUCUCGUCACACCUAUCAUUGAUGCCGUGGGCUCGACAUUCGCUUUCGUUUUGUUGGCUGGUAUUACAUUGGCCAUGGUUCCACUGUUAAUAGUUGAGAUGAGGUGGGGUGCUGGAUGGCGCAUGAAGCGCAAUGAGCGCCUCAAGGCGAAGGCCGAUGAGUCGAUUCAGGAGUCUUAA